GAAAGGAGAGCAUCUUAACUGACAGUUCCACAUGCCCCCUGGAGAUAAUGAUGUGGUGGCAUGACUGUUCUCUCCACUGCAUUUCUAAAGGGACUACAGCAAACCAUCCAGGACUCUAAAGCAGCUGAGUUCACAAUGAAGCUGGUGCCAAACCUCCUCCUUUGCUUGCUGCUGGUGGUGAAACUGUAUCACACUGAAACAUCAGAUGAUGAAGAACCACAGCCACCUAAAGGGCCUUGUGCAAACUGGAUGGGAGGAGCACCAGGCUAUCCAGGCCACAACGGUCUCCCUGGCAGAGAUGGAAAGGAUGGGAAAGACGGGCAAAAGGGAGAGAACGGAGAGCCAGGUGAGCCAGGCUCUAAAGGGGAUACUGGAGAGGGAGGAGCUCCUGGCACUGAAGGCCCAAGAGGAUUUCCAGGAAUCCCAGGGAUGAAAGGCGAGAAGGGAGAAGGUGCUUAUAUUUACCAAUCUGCCUUCAGCGUUGGGCUCACAAGCAGAGCCCCCGUCCCCAACAUUCCCAUCAGAUUCACAAAAAUCUUCUACAACGAACAAAACCACUACGAUGAAACCACGGGGAAGUUCCGCUGCAGCCUCCCAGGCCUGUACUAUUUUGCGUACCACCUCACUGUGUAUAUAACAGAUGUGAAAGUCAGUCUGUACAAGAAGGAUAAGGCAGUGCUAUUCACCUAUGAUCAGUUCCAGAAAAACAAUGUUGACCAAGCUUCUGGGUCUGUUUUGCUUCACCUGAGUGUCGGAGAAGAAGUUUGGCUUCAAGUGUAUGGAGAAGAAGAAAAAGAAAACAAUGGAGUCUAUGCUGAUAAUAUCAAUGAUUCUACUUUCACAGGUUUCCUCCUUUAUCCAGACAUGGAUCUUCAUUAAAGUGUGAAUCCAGUACAUGAGGGAAGAAAGGAAGGAUUAGCCAAGGAAUUGAUUUGGGAACACUCUUGGUUUUCCUAAGCACUAUUUCCACAUUGUGGUUACUGGCAAACACAGUGUUUUGUAGGGCUUUAGACUAGGUAUUAUAAUCACCAUGGAUGAAAUCCUGGCCCCACUGAAAUCAAUGGGAGUUUUUCCAUUGAUUUCAGUGGGGCCAUAAUUUCACCCCACAUCGCCACUUCUGCCCUCUUUCAAACUCUGAGCCCAAAUAUCCAUAUAUUAAU